AUCGAAAAGAAUUGCAGAGGUUCCUGUUCCUGCGCUAACGGCUUCACAGAAACGGCCCUCAAACAUGUCCACAUGCCAAAAGUUUGUCAUCACCGCCAAUUUAGGUCUGAUCACCUUCUGCGUGACCUUUGCAUCCUCUGUCUUCAGCACGGCCACUACGGUCACGUCAAAACAAUUUGGAUUGUCUGAAGAGAUGAUGGUCCUGGUAACCAGUUUGUUCGUCCUGGAUUUGCGCUUGGACCCUUGAUUUUUGGCCCACUCUCAGAGCGGUACACGGAAGAUUCCCCUGUUCAUCGGGUUUUUUAUGUUCGCCAUCUUUCAGAUUCCUGUGGCGGUAGCUCAG